AUGUCUUCAUUCACUCAGCCGAUGCCAGUAGUUGCCUGCGGCAGAAUACCCGCGAUGGGGAAAUCAAUCUCCCAGCACCUACGGCCUGAAUAUGAAGGUUCUUUCUUGAUAUACAUUCCCGAAAUAAACAAAGUAUGGUGCCAAUACUCCUCAGUCAUCCACUUCAUCUUGUCAUACGAGGCUGCAGAAGCUGAGCUCCCGCAUCUGCUUGCAGGUCGCGAUCCUCAGUCUCGGAGCCCCAAUCAGAUCGGAACCCACGAUUACAGCCGGCCUCCUCGCGCGGUAAUCUUCGGUCGCGGCUAUGGGCCUCAGCAGGUUGAAGAGCUUAAGAAGAAAUUCGCGGGUGUUGCUAAAGAACCUGUUGCCUGGGUGAGGGGGAACCCAGCGGAUUUACCUGCCGGGGCCGCUGGGGCCUGA